GUCUCUCCGGCAGGCUGCACAGCCGCACGCCGAGCAGGCGAUCGGAAGUGCGCGGCCGCUGUCUCGCUAGCGGGGUGGGCUGCAGGGGGCGCCUGAGGAGCGCGGCGCAGCGCCCCUCUUCGGAACCGCGGCCCGUGCCCCGGGCCCUCCGCGACCCGCGGAUCUCCAGUCGCCGCCGACCUUCUGAUACCCGCUAUGCAAUUACCCUGAACAACAGAGACGCCCUCACUGGAGACGAAGAGACCUUGGCGUCAUAUGGGAUUGUUUCUGGGGACUUGAUAUGUUUGGUUCUCGAAGAUGCCAUGCCGGCACCUAACUUGCCUCCAUCCACAGAUUCAGACCAUUUCUCCAUCCCGAAUAAUGACCAGCCUUCUCUGGCUACCACCGCCAGCCAGGCCAGCAUCCCAGAUGAGCCACAGAGCGGUUCGUGCCGAGGACAGGCAGCCCAGUCUGGUGUCUGGCAGGACGACGGCGUGGCAGGGCCCAGUCAGAGCAUGGCAGCUGAGUCGGAGGAGGAUGCUGUGGGCAUGGAAGAGGGUCCCAGCCUCCAUCCCUCAGAACCCAUGCUCUGCAGCGAGGCGGCGGAAGGGCAGGUGCCACACUCGCUGGCGACCCUGUAUCAGUCAGCCGGCUGCUGCGAUGCCAGCGACGCCCUGGUGGUGCUGAUCCACCUCCUCAUGGUGGAGUCAGGGUACAUCCCUCAGGGGACGGAAGCCAAAGCUGCGUCCAUGCCGGAGAAGUGGCGGGCCAGUGGCGUGUACCGGCUGCAGUACACACACCCGCUGUGCGAGGGCAGCUCUGCUGCGCUCACCUGUGUGCCGCUGGGCAGCCUGACCGUCGUCAAUGCUACGCUGAAGAUCAACAGUGAGAUUAAAAGUGUGAAAAGAUUGCAGCUGCUGCCAGCCUCCUUUAUCUGCACAGAGAGACCAGGGGAAAAUGCAGCCGAGGUAUACAAAGGUCUUCAGAAGCUCUCCCGGCUCUUCAAAGACCAGCUGGUGUACCCGCUCCUGGCUUUCACCCGGCAAGCCCUGAACCUCCCCGACGUGUUUGGCCUGGCUGUGCUCCCCUUGGAGCUGAAGCUGCGGAUCUUCCGGCUCCUGGACGUGCGCUCCGUCCUGUCUCUGUCUGCAGUCUCUCGCGACCUCCGUAUUGCAUCGAAUGACCCGCUGCUGUGGAGGUGUCUGUAUCUGCGGGACUUUCGAGAUGGUUCUGUCAGAGUUCGAGACACGGAUUGGAAAGAACUAUACAAGAAGAGGCACAGGCAGAGGAAGGAGGCUCGGAGGGGGCGGCACGCGGUGUUCCUGCCCACAUCCCCCCACCCCAGCCCGUUCUACCCCAACCCCUUUCCCCCAAGCCCCUUCCCCCCCAGCCCGCUCCUCCCUCCAGGCAUCAUUGGUGGUGAAUACGACCAUCGGCCAACGUUGCCCUAUGUUGGGGACCCAAUCAGUUCCCUCAUCCCGGGGCCUGGGGAGACUCCCAGCCAGUUCCCUCCGCUCAGACCUCGUUUUGACCCAAUUGGCCCCUUCCCAGGACCCAGCCCCAUGCUGCCAGGGCGAGGUGGCCCGGGUGACAGGUUCCCCUUGAGACCUGGCCGGGGCCGGUCCUCUGACAACCGGAUGUCAUUCAUGUGAUGGGUGCAGCCUCACUCUGGAGGCGACUGGGCAGCACGCUUGGGGCCCAGCCCCAGGGCUCUCCUGGUGUGGUAGGGAGAGCCGUAUCCCCAGCGCCUUCGAGGUGAUGCAGCUCGUGGGAGGAGGUGGCCCAAGGUCACCCUGUGACAGGUUGGCCUUGGGAAUGUGCCUGCUGCUUUCCUGCCUGGAUCCCCUCUGGAAUGGAGCCUGUUGUAAUGUUCUGCACAACAUUAAACACAAAGUGUCACUUACUCUGCAA